AUGAAGACUGUUAGAACCAUAUCUUUUCUUGUCUUCUUCAGCUACAUUAAAUGUCAGACUCUUCAGAGAAGUUUACUAGAUGCAGCCAUGCAGCACACUAAUAGCCAGAAUUAUCUAGAGGAGAACUUAAGAGCUGUCACUAGUAUUAUGGUUGCACAGUUUCUUCGGAAAUUGACUUAUGAAAAAGUACAAACCAUAGUUAAAGAAUUGCUAGAUAUUGCAGAGAAGUGCAAGAGCCUCAAGCCACACGAAUCACCUUCAGAAUGUUGUCACCAAUUGAUGACUACCUUCCUAGAGCAUAUUUGCAAUAACCAAGGGUUGGCUGACAGACAUGUAUUUUCUGACUGUUGCAAUACAAAUAACUCAGCAAGACACAAGUGCUUCCUAUCAUACAAAAAAGAUGUUGCAGGUUACAGUGAUAUAUUCCAAAUUUCAAAUCCUGAGCAGAUCUGUGAGAUGGACAAAGAGAAUCCAGUGCCAGUGAAAGAGAAGUACAUUUAUGAAACUUCUAGGAAACAUCCAUUCUUGUAUGGACCCACUAUUCUGACCAUGUCUGCUUGCUACGAAACAGCUGUUCAGUCUUGUUGCCGAGAAGAAAAUAAGACUGAAUGCUUCCAGAUAAAGCUGGAACCCAUCAGAAAAUACGUUAGAGAAAUAUCUUCGAGGCAUCACCAUUUAUGUGAGAUUGGGAUUAAAUUCAACCACAAAGUAGCAAAAGCAGUGGAAUUGGUUCUGUUGACUAAAAAACAACCUAGAGCUAACUUUUCUGAAAUUGCCAAACUGGCCAUGGAUAUUAAAAAUCUGCAUCAGAUCUGUUGUGAAGGAAAUGCAGUAGCGUGUGUGCUUGGCAGAAGCCAGCUUAUGAACUAUACCUGCUCUAAACAGGCUACACUAUCCAGCAAGAUCACUCCAUGCUGUGAACUGCCAGAACCAUUCCGAGGGGAAUGCAUUAUCAACUCAGAAAAUGACAAACCUGAUCCCUCAUCCCUGCCACUUAGCAGGUUUACAGAAGACCAGUUUGUAUGCAAACAAUUCACUGACAAACAAGAUGACUUCCUACAAGAGUUUCUUUAUGAAUAUUCAAGAAGACAUCCAGAGUUGGCAGUUCCAGUGAUUUUAAGAGUGGAUACAGUAUAUCAAAACUUACUGGGAAAAUGCUGUAAAUUAGAAAAUCCUCUGGAAUGCUAUAGUCAUGGGGAAGAGAUGUUUCAAAGAGUGGUUCGUGAAAGCCAUGAGCAUGUGAAAAAUCAGUGUGAUUUACGUGAGAAAUUAGGAGAUAGUAGCUUCCAUGACAGGCUCAUAGUCCUUUAUACUAAGAAAGCCCCACAACUAUCUGCUCAGGAGUUGGUUAUAUUCACGAAGAACAUGGCAGCUGCUGCCACCAAAUGUUGCCCACUGAAGGAUGAGCAACAGUUUGCUUGCAUGGAGAACUCGGCAAAGCUAAUUCUUGGAGCUUUAUGCAGAAGACACGAGGCAGAGCCUAUCAAUGCUGGUGUGGGUCACUGCUGUGAUGACUCGUACGCCUUCAGGAAGCCUUGCUUUGAUGAUCUGCAAGCAGAUGCAACUUACAUUUCUCCACAUUUAUCCUGUGACCAAGUCGUCAACCUUAAUGAGGACUUGUGCAGAGCUCAGGGGGAGGAAUUACAAACCGAAAAGCAAAAACUCCUCAACAACCUUGUGAAGCAGGAACCAUAUGCAGCAGAGAUGCAGUUCCAAUCAGUUAUUGUGGAUUUUGCUCACCUGGUGGAGAUGUGCUGUCAAGCAGAGAAAAGUGAAAUGUGUCUCCAAGAAGAGGGGUCCAAACUGAUCAAAAAGUGCCAGUCUAUUUUGGGAGGCUAA